AUGGAAGAAGAAGUAUUACAAAAGAUUUACAAGUUGGCCAAUGAACUAGCUCAUCAGCAACAACAUAAUCAAGACUUGGCGUCUUCUUUAACACAUCAGUUGUCUGACCUUAAAUCAAAAACCAAUGCGAAACCUUUAGUGGAUGAACACGAUGUGAGCCUACCUCACCCUACCGUGCCAGAACAAAGAGAUGAAGUGAUUGAACAACUCAAGUCCCAAUUACAAGAUGCCCUCUCUGCACAAAAAGCAGCUUUAGAAACAAACAAACAACUGGAGAAACAAGUUGAUGAUUUACAAGCCCUUGUAAAAGAAUAUGAAGUAGGCUUAGAGACAGUGACCUCUAAAUUACGUCUGCAUGCUAAUGCAGUGACAGAAGGACAGAUCAGACUGAAAAGAGAAUACGAAGCAUUACUGAAUGCAGAAAAGGGUACAACAGCAGCCUUGUUUAUGGAAAACACACUUCUCCAGACGCAACUUCGUCAAUUAGCAAGAUCACUACGUGAUGUCUAUCAAUAUGAAUCCAUCGAUCCCCAAGAUCAACUGUUAGCACAAUUGAAAAAAGAGAACCAAGCCUUAUUGAAGUUGUUGCGGAUAUCUCAGUUAUCAGAGGAAGUGAUCACAGAACGAUCUUCACCUGUUCUUUCUGCAGCUCGACCAGGUGUUGUUGAAGAGUUUUUUGAGUAA